AUGUCGCUGCAAUCCAUUCUGAACCCUACAACGUUGACAGAACCGCUCCCAUUGAGCGCGACAGCGUCCCAACGACGCGCCCAACACAAACUUAUUGGAUCGCGUAUAUCAGCCCUCGAAGAGGAGAUACGACAGUGGAAGAGCCGUCAAAACGAGCUUGCAGAGAUAUCGCGGUUGCCACCUGAGAUUCUCAGCCGGAUUUUCGUCUGCUACAAGGAACUCAUAUCCUCGCAGGGCGGCCGAAGCGAAUCUCUAUACUGGACCAAGGUCUAUCAUGUUUCGCAGCACUGGAGAGCAGUAGCUUUGAAUUACCCCCAACUAUGGUCCACCAUCGACACCUCCCACGGCCACUGGGCCAACGCGAUGUUUGAACGAUCCAAGCAGGUCCCCAUAUCGUUCAUCUAUUCUCGACACCACCCAUUCAAAUCAUUCGAGGAUCUUGCCUUGAACGUUUUCUCACAGGCGCAACGCCCGGAGAGCCUCGAAAUCCUCGAUGGUCCGCGCUUCCUCAAUGAGCGCGUUCAACAGCUAAUAGCGCCAGCUCCACUUCUUCGACGACUGAAGUUUGAACGUGGAUAA